AUGGACGUUUACUGGAGGUUUCCACAAUUUGGUGGCUUUGGAGAUGGAGAAAUGAGGAAAUCUUCAACAAUGGGAGCAACAUAUCCACAUCUAAAGCAGGGUGGAUUGCAAAGCAAGGAUGAGAAUGGGAAUUGGGUUGUCGGCUUUACUGCCAAUAUUGAAAAUUGUUCUAUUGCAGAAGCUGAGGCUUGGUCUAUCUUUAAGGGUCUUAAACUAGCAUGGAAGAAGGGUUGUAGGAAGGUUGUGGUUGAAAGUGAUGCUAAAAAUAUUAUUGAUUGCCUGAACCACCAUGACAGUGAGGACAUAUACUUAAUGGACCGGCAACUAAUAUCAUCAAUGGCGGUAAACGAUGGAGUAGGAAGGUGUGACAAGUUAAAUUUGUUCAUGUCUUCAUGGAGCAAAAUCGUUCGACGGAUUUCUUGGCGAAACAAGCUUUGGCUCAGGGACGGGGUAUAG